UCUGCUGCUUGUAUGCGUCCCUCCUCGCGCCAGCGGGUGGCCGCCUGGCUGCUCGCACUGCCGUCAGGGAGAGGUGGAGAGGAGUGCGCGCGCCGCGGCCGCCUGGAGAUGAUCUCGUUCUGGUUGCUGUGCUGGAAGCUGUUGAGAGCAUCAGCUGGGCUAAGGAGGACGACAGCUGAGCUAACAGAUGGUAACCAAGACGACGGUAGCUCCAGCAAUAAUAACCCUGUGAACGACUCUCUCACUCCUACACAGCCAACAAGUGCAGAUACCAUGGAGAUCAGCUCCUCACCGCCACUCACAGACAUGGAGAGAGAAAACAUGGCUAGCUGGCACAGCCAGGAAGCGCUCCAUGGGGGGCAGCAGCCAAUCACAGAUGAGCAGGACGAGGAAGAGGCUGCAGAGAAAGCAAAUGGAAAAAGAGAUGAAGAUGAAGAGUGUGAUUACCUUGUUUUUGAGAUAGGAGAGCAGAAGGCAUGGCGCAAAGGAGAUGGAGAUGAAGGAGGACAAGACACUGAGAGAAAAGGAGAGGAGGAAGGAUAUGAAGGAAGAGGUGAUGCAGAAGGAAAGGAAGAAGGGACAGGAGAAAUAGAGAGAGAAGAUGGAGGAAGAGGAGACACAGAGAGGGAUGAUGGAGGAAGAGGAGACACAGAGAGGGAUGAUGGAGCAAGAGGAGACACAGUGAGGGAUGAUGGAGGAAGAGGAGGCACAGAGAGGGAUGAUGGAGGAAGAGGAGACACAGUGAGGGAUGAUGGAGGAAGAGGAGGCACAGAGAGGGAUGAUGGAGGAAGAGGAGACACAGAGCGGGAUGAUGGAGGAAGAGGAGACACAGAGAGGGAAGAUGGCGGAAGAGGAGACGCGGUUGAGAUGAAGGACGAUGCUCUGUCAGAGCUCCUCUUCUUCAGUACUUCACCAUCAGAGCCCCUGACGGUCACCGUUGAUCUGUUAGACACCUGGGGUCACGACCCCGACCACAGAGAUGACCUUAGCGACAGUCACCUUAGCGACUGCCUCCAAGCUGAGCUGGCUGUUGUGUACUCGGACAGCGACGCAGGGGAGGACCAAUGGGCUGGCUCUGCGCCUUGUGAUGUCACUAACCAGGAAGAAGCCAAUGGAGAGGUUCAUGAUGGAGAAAGCAUGGAAGAGGAGAAAGUGUAUGAGGCAGAAGUAGAGAGUGUAACAGAGGUGCAGAGAGAGGAGGAAGAGGAGGAGAGGAGGAACGAUGAUGGGAGGUCAGGGAGAGAUGUUUUCAUGCGCACUCCUUCUGUCAGCUCCACUGCCAGCUCCAUAGACCCUGACAGGAAGGUUCCUGCAGACUUCUGUGUCCGGAUGGAGAGCCACAGUGAACAUGUCUCCAACGAGCACGUGGACUUCCUGUUGGCCCGGCAACAGUGGAGGAACAUGGAGAAAGAGGUCAAAGGUCAGCCCAUUCCCAAACCAGGGCUCAGAGCUCAGGGGAGCUUCCAGGGCACCCACUCUUCAUUGUACCCCCCCACCCGCAGCCCCCGACUUAAACACAGGGAGAUCCAUCCAACCCCAGUGCCCAGGGAGGCCCCACUGGCCCACACACUGUCCCCCAGUUCAGAGGACUCGGGCCUGGACGACGUGUCGUACCGUAGCCCGAUGGAGGAGCCGGAGAGCGCUGUGGAGAGAGAGAUCAGACUGACUCUGGAGAGAGAGGAGAGGCACCGCAGGGAGAGGGGAGUGAUCACACAGGGCCUCGCUAUACUCAGGCCCUCCAGCCUGCAGACUGGACGAUCUCCACCCAGACCUCCAGCCUGUCGCACCCCAACCUUGUCCAUCUCCCCGUCUCCAUCCUGCUCCUCCUCCCUUCCACGUUCUGGCUACCAUGAAAUGACAGCCAACAAUGUCAUCAUCCUGGAGCCCGACUGCUCUGGCUCCUCCUCCAGGAACCGCUUACUCUCCUCCGCAAUCGGGGGCCUCUCUGAUUGGCCGACAAGUCAGGACGCCAUGCCAUCCGGCAACGUCAUCGUUGUGGAAACGUCCAAUCUCAUCAUUCGCAGCGCUUCAGAAUUCUGCCUAAGCUCCGCCCCGGUGUCCCUGGAACCGCAGGAGAGCACUUUCACCUCCAAUCCAUUCUUCAAGCUGCGCUCCAUCAGCAGCCAGUCACUGGUGGAGCAGGAGAUCCGCAUGGUGAGGCAGAGGGAGGAGGAGUGGAGGAGGCAGAAGGAGGACAUGUGGAGAAAGAGGAGGGAGGAGGACUGGAAGAGAGGAAGAGAGAGGUAUGACACCGUGCUGGUGUCUCCAGGCCUGAGUGAUAACAUCAGCUUCAGCGUACCAGAGGUGCCAGACAGAUGUGUCUCCUCCCCUUCCUCCCCUUCCAGAAACCGCAAAAUGGAACGAUCCAGUUUGUCCUGUGACCACAAGCUGGAUUGAUUAUGUUUUCAUCCAUUAGUUCACAAUUUUGCAAAUACAUUCAUUGUUUUCCUGAUAUUUUCAUGUACUCAUCCAUCUAAUAAUUCCGCCUACUGUUCCAUUUCCUGUUUAUUUCUCUCUACCCCAUCAACCAAUCAUCUUUCCAUCCACCCAUCCCAUAAUCCAUUCCUCCACCCAUCUUGGCUCCAGUGGUUCAGCUGAAUCUGCCCCCCACCCCCAGUUCCCCUCUUCCCUCUCUUCGGUUCCGAAACGACAGAACUCCAUGGCGCAGCGAUGGGAGGCCUCCCUAUUAGCCAAUCAGAAGAAGGAAUGAGCAACUAUAACGCUGAACUGUCAGCCAAUGAAGAGCCCAAAUGAAACGCCACGCCUCCUUCAGUCCCUCUUCUCCUUCAGUCUGUCAGCAGCUGAUGUUGUCUCAGCUGUGGCUUUAAUCUGAUUGGUCCGUUGUGUUGUCUGUUGGACGUCCUGUGACAUGAGGACUGUCUCCUUUAGUUAGCUGGUUUCAAAGAUUAAGGUCUUAUACCUAGAUAAGGUUUCCAAAAUGCUUUCAAGUCAAAGUCUUGUCUGUUGCAUGAUGUCAGAAACAGUAACACAUGGAGCGUCACAUUGCAGACGGUGUUCUUAUUAUAACUUUUGUGGACCCCCAGGAGGCUAUCCCAAUAAUAACUGAGUAUGAAAUAGCAAUCACAUUAAUACCACUGUUUUUCAAAUGUGACCUGGAUUUUAUGGAUUUUUUAAUUUGUGGUAUUCUCCUUUAAUAUUCACAGCACUUUGAUUUCUAGACGUUUAUUAAUUAUUCUACUUCAACUAUUGGUAUUUUUCGAUUUUUAUUCAAACUUUGGAUUUUCAAACUUUAAUUCCCAAAAGUCAUUUAGACUAUAUUUUAAAUAGCGCUUAUUUGAAAAAUAUUGUAGCUAUGCAGAGAUUUGAGAAGGUACAUGCAAAAAUGAUUUAGCAUGUUGUGUUCUUUUCAAAUGACAUUCAUGUAUUUUUAAAGGUGCAAUGCUAGAAUUUCAUGUCAGCCAUGUUGGCUGCUAACUAAAUAAUAUGUAGGUCACACUCGCACAGGGGAGCUCUUGCCUCUUCUUUAAGAGGGAUUGGUUGUAACCCAGUAGUGGUUAAGGAGGAUGCAGUUUUUUGUGAAGAGAAAAAAUAUUCUCUUUUCAGGAAUAUUGUAGUCUCAUAGUUUCAAACCAUGCUUGCUUCCUUUACUCGCGCUACUCCACAGAGCAUGGGCAUUUCUGACGUAUGAUGUUCUGGACAAAACCAAGAAAAAUCCACCCUCAAGUUGAAUUUGAGCACAUUUUGAAAACAAUGAAACCUUUAUCAGCUACCUACCUUAUUUAAUAUUAGUUAGAGUUGGCCCCGUUCACCCCUUUGCCUCCCACAGAAACAUGUGAAUACUGCCUCUUAUGUUUAAUCAAAACUACACUUAAGGCUAAUAACAGAGCUUGCAGGGCUGUACCAUGUGUGUUUCUUUUGAACAUUUGAUGUCAGUUAAUGAAGAUUCCAACGUCUCUCGUGAUAUAAUAAAAAAUAAAUCAGUUCAUCAGAGUUAUCUUAAGGAAACUCUCAAUUUGGAUGCCUGACACCUGAUAUGUUCACUGCGUACAUGCUAGCUAGCUUACAGCUAAUUUCUGUUGUGUUGGUACACAAGGUGUUGGAAGCAACCAGGUUGUAAAAUCACACUCAGCUGUCAAAUGUAUGCGAAUACCUCAAAAGGAAUAUUUACAUUCAUACUCCGUAAAAACAGCUGUCAUUAGCAGAUAUUUGAAGACUGCUUUAGCGUUACAGGUGUUAGCAUGGUAUUCCUGUCGCUCUCCGUCUGUGGCUCUGCUGGUUUAGCUCAACAACUCGAAUACUUCUGAAAUAUUCUGAUUUUCAUAUGUAGUCUAGUGAAGAGUUUUACAUAUUUUUGUGUCCUUUCUUGAUUCCUAAACAGAGAUUUCUUGUACUGUAUUUUUGCUGCAUAUAUUUAUGAAUUGAGCAAUGCUUGUAAAUCCUUGAAUCUUUUAUUUGUGAAAGGUUUAUAAUAUAUUGUUUGCGAAUGAUUGUUUGAAGAUGACGUCUGCCAUGUUUUUAAGAGAUGACUUUUAUGUGCGGUGUGUGCAUGUGUGUGUUUUAUAAUACUCCAUGCGUAAGCUAGUCGGAGCUCCCUUUAGUUUGGCUUCUCUAGCUCUAGGACAUGCUAACUGCUUUCCCCAGUGAACUCAACUUGACUGGCAGUCUAAAAGUGCAUUCAACUCAACUCAGAAAUGCCAGAUUAAAGUUACAGGAUGGAAAUUAAAUUAGCUAACGCUCUUACAUUAUAAAAAAUACUGCAAACGAUCAAACCACAUUGUUAGCUUAUCAACUGUGUUUGAGUUGCUAGUUACAGUGCAACGAUGUAAGCCUGUAACUACAUUUCUGCACUUGGAAUUUCCUCAAAUCCAUCUUAUUAGCGUAUUACAUUUCAUUUGAGUCCAUACUAACUUAUUUCCUCCUAUUUCUUUCUAUACUGCCUGUUAGAUGAAGUAAAACAUUGUAGGAGAGCAGGAACAAACUAGUCUUGGGAAAAAUGAUUUCCUCUGAGUUGACAUUCAAGGAUGUGAAGGUACCACUAUGGGCAUAUACUGUAGUAAAUAUAAUAGUUACUGUGCAAUUCAGAAUUCAGAGAUGUAGAGGUAGUUAUGUUUUUGUGGAUUUUGUUUUUUGCAAACAAAAAACUAUAAUCCAUGGUAAAAAACAACAACAACUGUAGAUAGUUUUCCAUUGUUUCCCGAACAGCUUAGUCCACAUGUUAUUUAUUGAUACACAUGUCGUAUGAAAGUGGACUCAAAUAUGUGCUCAGUCGCUACAGAACUUGGAUCAUUGCUGACCAGUAGAAUAAAAAUAAGAUCAAAUAAAACAAAAGGGAUUCUCAGACAUUUAUUUUUAUAUUUAUAGGAUAAGAAGCGAUGAAAUGGGAAUUUACUUUUGGACUAACUUUCAAAGAUAUCCCCCUAAUUUGUCUCACUUGAAUUUCAGUAGCCCAUCAUUGGCUUUAGAUUGAUUUACAAACAUUUUGCAGAGAUUUUUUUUGUCAUCCAUCACUUCUAUUGUAUUCACGGAAGAGAUGCCUUCUGGGCAAGCAUGGACACAAGGACUAAAAUCAAGUCAUAUUUAUUCUGAGAUGUAUUGAAUGCACAUUAGUAACUGCUGUGUGUACAGAUGUUACUGUGUAGAUGAUAUACUGUAUGAUAGCACAACUAUCAAUAAUACUUUAUUACUCCACAACACUACUCUAGUUUUUAGAAGAAAGUGCAUUUAGGUCUUGAGCAUUGCUGAAUGUUCAUGCUGCUUCUCAAUGAAUACACCACAUGCUACCUGCUAAUAUUCUGUAUGGACUCUUAUAAACUGCUGUCCUGAACAUUACUGCUUUUCCUCAUAGCCUAGCAUUAACAUGUAUUCUGGUUCUGUUUAUUUGCCUUGAGUUUCAGUCAUAUAUUAAUUGCCAAAUAAAAAGGUCUGGUGUUGACAUCUUCAAUAAAGCGUUACUC